AUGCUUCAAGAGUUGGUCUCAACUGAUUCGAUCCCAAGCAGUAACAAUUGCUCGACCACGAACAGCUUUCUCAUUCUUCGAUCUCCAAACGAGGCACGAGAGAGCGAGAUGGACAUGAUGGCGGCGGAUGUGCUUGUGGACAGUACGAAGAACAACUCGAACGUGUCGCAGAGAACAUUGACCUUACCCAAAGACUGGGAUGAGAAGCCAAGGCUAAAGUUUCCGAAAUUCACGACGAAGGAACGUUACAAGAUGAUGAAUUUACAUCUUGAUAAGAGAUGGUUCGCUUUCGAUUUCCUCAGAGGCUUUUUGUUCUUCGUACAACCUUACGACAUACCGACCGAUCUACUAGUAGACGCCGUGGAAAAUCGCAUAAGCACCAGUAAAUUGAUUUCAGAGUCUAUGCACGUGGAAGCAGCUUUUCUGGUCUUAGUAGGCAUGUGCUGCGUAUUGGCCUGCAUAAUACCUGGCAUAGAACUUUGGUUCGCUUGUCGUCCAAUCAGAGAGGAUUACAAACCUUCUCAGUAUCCGAGUGUUCUCGCAUUUCUCCUCACCAUUCUCGUCUUUAUACUUGGCUCUUGCAUGGUGACAAUGAUAAUAUGCAACGAGGUGGUGGCGGUCGGGAUCGAGAAGCUCCCUAUGACAGUAGAGACGGCGUUACAGGAUUUAAAGGACUACCACGCGGACACCACAUCACAGCUGCGAAAAUGCCUCACGAGAAGUUUGGACGUGGCUAGCGAAGCUAUCCUCGCGGAUCUGGACAAUGUCGAGGAAUUAUUGGGCAAACCUGUGCAAGCCGAAUUCUCUACCGAGACUGGACUUGACGUAGCAUUGGAUGCGCUCGUUGAUCUGGGAAAUGCGACGCAAGAGUUAUCUGCCAAAACCGAAUCUUUGCUCAAGGAGGGUAAGAGAGCUCACGAACUCGGGUUGGAAUUGAGUAGGGAAACGAACAAGAUACGACGGGACUUGGAAGGUGCGGUGAGAGCAUGCUCGGGUCCAGAUCGUUCUCUUUGUGCUGUCAUUGACUCUUCAGGGAUUCGCCUGGAUCUACGGAUAGAACGGCUGCUGAGAGACGACCGUCUUUUGCGUUUACGAAGCACCAGUCGGGAAAAUUUGACGGAAGCAGGACGUCAGGUUCGUGGAGAGUAUCUCCACGUACCGCAUCACAUUGCCAGGACCACACUGGAUGCUCGCAACCAGAUUCGACGCGAGAUUAAUGCAGCACGUGCCAGGAUUGUCGAUCACACGCGCACUAUAGAGAACAGUUUUGAACUCUCAAAGCAGCUUAUAGACUCUGUAAAGAACAUCACGGAUUACGUUGUACCGCACGUUAUCGCUUUCGAACAAAUCAGAUGGAUCAUUGGAACAGCUACUGCUCUGUGUAUUUUACCAAUUCUUUCGUUACUGAUUGGAGCUUUAUGCUGUCGCUGUGGAUCAUCCGAAAAUAAAGUGCGUCCAACUCUUUUGUGGUAAGCUUUAUCUACAAGCUGUUUCGUCUCGAUUACACUAUGGGUAGUGUUCAUCAUCGCUUUGGGUAUCGCUAGUCAUACAGAAAUGUUAAUAUGUCGACCGCUAUAUGAUCCUAACUAUCAUACUAUGGAAGUUGUAUUGGAAACUCGAAUGUUUUUAGGAAGAAGGCUCGCAUUUCCUCUCAAGAAUCUCUUUGACAGAAAAUGUCGAAACAACGAAGCAGUUUAUCCCGCCUUGGGGUUGGAAAAUGCGAUGAAACUGGAAUAUUUGACUGCACAUUGGACAUGGCCAGGGCUGUCUAGAGCAAUCUCAAAUGUCAAAGUCGAUUUGAAGAAUCUACAAAUAUUAACGCCAUAUUUACGACAAUGUCUUCAGGAUCUUUUAUACGCCUGUGGUUUGAAUCUCACCGCGCAUAGAAUUAUGAUUCAAGGUCCGAUCCUGAGCAAAGAUAUAAGUACAUUGUCCGAUCAACUAGACAAUGUAUCUCGUCAGCUACAGGAUCGAAGUAUUGCCAGGGAACUGCAAAGCAUUGGAAUAACAAUGCGGGAUCUGACAUUGCGACAGGUGAAACAGCUAAUGAAGUUACAGGAUGAUCUGGUCUAUCGUCUUGCAGUUCUAGAGUUGCAGGUGCAACCUCUUUGGCGUCAAGUUAAUCAAUCGAUCUCGCAUUUAAGGACGAUACAAUAUUACAUAGAUCAUCAGGGAGAGAAGAUUGCUCAGUUGAAAACAAAGUUGUAUGUGGAUCGACUAUCGAAUUAUUUAGAUCAAUGGCGGACUCACGUAUUCUCUGAGAUGGAUACGGAAAUAUCCAAAUGUCGACCCUUGUGGGACGUUCUAGAAGGAUUAAGAUAUUUACUUUGUGCUCACAUUUUAAGCCCUCUUGAUGGUUUCUGGUUUGCCACGUUAAUAGGCGCAAUUGUUAUGAUAAUUAGCACACCAACAGCUCAUAUUUUGUCAUUAGUACACAAAAAAUCGUCCAAUUUUGUAGAAGAUGCUACCCUACUGUCAACAAGAACAGAAAGUCUCAACAUGGAUGACGACAGAACGUGGCAGAUGCCAGAUCCACCGCCGCCACCACAAAGCAAUUGGUAACAAACGAAGGCGAAGAACGAUGAUCUCGCUUUUGCAGGCAAAC